AUGUUCCGAGCACGUGCAGUGUCGGCUGUGUUGCUAGUGAUCGUUGCCGAGCUGCUGCAAGUUAGCGAUGGCUUCAUCAGCUUCAGCAACCUCACAAGCAUUGUGUACGACGCUAAAGAGAUCUCGUACGGGCGCCACUCGCUGCUGGAUUCGUACGACUUCAUCGUGGUUGGGGCAGGUCCUGCCGGUUGUGUACUCGCCAACCGCCUCACGGAGGAUCCUGCCGUAUCGGUACUGCUGCUCGAGAUAGGUCGGGGUGAGAUCCCACUGUUCACGGAUGCUCCACUUGUCGGGCCUUUCCUGGCGUCGACGAGUUACAACUUUGGGUAUGAGACGGAGAAACAACGCCACGGUUGUUUAGGGUUGCGUGGUGGCCGAUGCAGUUGGGCGCAUGGCCGUGGAGUUGGUGGAUCGUCCAUCAUCAACAAUGUGAUCUUCACGCGGGGCAACCGUCGGGAUUAUGAUGGGUGGGCGAAGGCUGGUAAUACGGGCUGGGGUUGGAACGAUGUGCUGCCUUUGUACAAGCGUCUCGAAACGGCCAAUAUUCGUGAUUUCGGUGACAACGGAUUUCACGGUACGGAUGGGCCUUUGUCCGUGGAGGAUUGUCCCUUCAGGUCCGGAAUCGCGAAGGCGUAUGUGCGGAGUGCUCAGGAGGCAGGCUACCGAUAUCUCGACUACAACGCCGGUGAUAACCUGGGGGUUUCGUUCCUACAAGCGCACACCAAAAACGGACGUCGUGCGACGGGUGGCAACAGCUACCUCCGAGGGAUAGUGGACCGCCCGAAUCUGCACAUCAUGACCCGUGCCUGGGUCACAAAGGUUCUCAUCGAUCCUGACACAAAGACAGCGACAGGCGUGCGGUUGGUGCACGAUCAGCGAUACCACGAGGUUGAUGCGGCCCGGGAAGUCAUCCUAUCUGCUGGGGCCUUCGAGAGCCCCAAACUGCUGAUGCUUUCGGGUGUUGGACCUGCCGCACACCUGAAACAGCACGGUAUCAAACCUCUGCAUGAUCUCCCCGUUGGUCGCAAGGUGUACGAGCAUGGCGGCGUGUUUGGACCAAUCUUCAUCGUCCACCAGCCGACGGACAAUCUCGUCAGCAUCGAACAGCUAGCAAACGUCGGAGAGAUGUUACGUUUCCGCAACGGUUCCGGCCCACUCACGACAAACUCGGUCGAGAGUCUGCUCUACGUCAAGUCACCGUUCGCGGAGGAUCCCGAUCCUGACUACCCGGAUGUUGAGGUGAUGCAGGCGUUCACGUCGUUCAGCUUCGACACCACGCCGGGAACGCGCAAUGCUUACUACCUGACCGAUCGCAUGUUCGACGAGUACUUCCGUCCGUUGGCACAAACGCGGAACUUCAUGUUCCUGCCAAUGCUGCUAAAACCGCGUGCGGUGGGACGCGUCGAGCUGAAGUCGUCGAAUCCCUUCAACCACCCAAUGUUCCGGUAUCAGUACUUCGAAGACGAACGUGACGUUGACGCGAUCGUGUACGCGAUCAAGGAGGUGAUCCGCAUCAGUACCAAAGCACCACUCCGCCAGUUGGGUGUUGAGUUGUACUCCCGCAAGGUGCCCGGUUGCCAGUAUAUGGCGUUCAACACGGUUGACUACUGGCGGUGUCACGUGCGCCAUCUAACCGCCACUUUUCAGCAUCAGGUUGCCACGUGCAAGAUGGGUCUUGCCGAUGAUCCUGAAGCCGUCGUCGACAACCGGCUGCGUGUGUACGGCAUUAAAGGACUACGAGUGGCGGAUGUCGGUAUCAUUCCCGAGGCACCAACGGGUCAUACGAGUGCGCACAGCUUCCUGAUAGGAGAGAAGGCGGCUGACAUGAUCAAGGAAGAUCAUCGUCUUCGUUAG